AAUACGAGUACAUCCAUAAAAUGGCAGCGCUUGAAGGGAGUCGGAGUGAACGGCAGGGUCUGGGAAUUACGAAAAAACAUUACGGCAGAUCCUACGGAAGUCUCCAAAAAUCAAAACAAGAAAUAUAUAUAAAGCAUUCGGUGUCUGAGACUGAUACUCUUCAAGGGAUCGCGUUGAAAUAUGGAGUAACGAUAGAACAAAUUAAAAGAGCCAACAAACUAUUUACAACUGACAGCAUAUUUCUUAGGAAAGUGUUAAAUAUUCCAGUCGGGGAUCAGCCUUUACCUGCGCAUUUACUCGAGAACGCCACUGCAUCGCUUAAUAACGGCAAUGACACAACAGAUACAACUCCCAUUCUCCAGAGUACAAAAGAUGAUUCUGCAUCAGAAAGCGAUAAAGAAGGAAGUGAUGUCAUAGUUGAAUCGGCUAUUGGGGUUACGGUUGAUGCAAAGACUGAUUCUCCAGCUGAGGUGGUUGAUGAGGAACCACGCGAUGAAACUAUGGAUUUUUUUAACAGAAUUGAUCGCCAUUUAAAGGGUCAUGAAAACUGAGUCAAAAGGAUAGAAGAAACUAGUAGUGUAAAAAAAUUGAAGCCUGUUCACCAAGAGUAACACAUCGUGCAGCACAAUACGAUUACAAAUCAAAAUCUAUGCCAGCUUACCAGAGCGAUCAUGUCAUCCCAACAGCAACGUACAGCACUACCAACACCGGGUCACCUAAAAUCUUCUCCAAGGCCAGGAAAUUAUUCGGUGGACGUGAAGGAAAUAAAAAGUUUACAAAAGCAGAUAGUCAAGCCGAAGAUCUUCUGGAAUCUGACCAAACUGGAUUUUAUGAAUUAUAGCAGGAAAAAAGAUAAAAUUAUUUAUGAAAUUACAAGUUGCUUUGAAUGUUGUGUGGCAUUUGGCCAUUCUGUAUCACGGAUUUGUUCAAGUUGUGGCUUGUACGCUGAGCUCUGGAAACUGACAAUCUUAUU